GAUAUCACAAGAUAUCAUCUCCGAUUCGGCUGUGCUAGGAACCGAACUCGCACAAUUAUAUCAAUUUCGAGACUAUUUAAAAUUGGACAAGAGACCCGACUUUUUGAAUUUUGCAUCUUCAACAAAACAUCCUCUUGAAGAUUGAAAUCGGAAAGUUCUUCAGAGCUUAUUACUCUCUGGACUAGCUCUUUUGAAACCUCUUUCCUGAAGAGAGAAAAACUGUGGACUCUAUUGAAAUCUUUCAAUAGAAAGAGGGUUUCGAUCGAUCAUUCCUCCCACCACCCAAGCCUCCCUAAUCAACAGCCCGCGCAACAACAUCCAGUCCAACUUUUCGGAGAUUAUGGCGGGAAAGUCUAAAGGACAAGGUGAGAAGUCGGGGAUUCCACCUCAUCUUGCUGCAGUACUGCAUGGACCGGUACCGAAACCGCAGCUGGCGCCUAUCGACAAGAUGGAGCCUUCACAGAAGCUUUCAGAUGAGCAACUUAAGCCUCGGGAUGGCAUGAAACGAAAAUCUAAAGAUCAGAUGCAACCUCAACCCAGGCAUUCACGGAGCUCAUUUGAUUUUGGGAAUGUUACGAAGCUGAAGCCACGAUUUAUUCAAGGGAUGCAAACUCAAUCCGAGCAUUCAAUGAGCUCACUUCGACUUCGAAAUGUUAUGGAAUCAAUGUCUACAGAAGAGAUACAACCUAAAAUUAAACGUUCAAUGAGCCCACUUGGACUUCAGAAUGUUAUGGAGCCACGAUCUAUCGACAAGAUACAACUUAAGCCAAGAUCUACAAAAGAUACCCAACCUCGACAUAACCGGUCAAAGAGCCCAAGCUCAUUUCGAACUCUAAAGGAUAUUUCAACAACGUCUACUGACAAGGGUUCCACAAAGCGAAAAUGCAGAAGACAAACAUUCCAUAAGUUUCCUGCACUUCCGUUAGAGCUUCAAACUAUGAUUUGGCAAUGGUAUGGAAGAAUUCACGCGAAUAGUACUCCGAACAUCAUCAUUAUCUCCCACCUUCAGAAAGAACACCGCCAGAUAGGACCAGGACUUUCAGAGCGGGGUACAGACCUGACUGUUCGUUGCAGGCUUCCUCCCAUCUUUUAUGUGUCAAAAUUCAGUCUCAAAAUUGCGAAAGAACUAUAUGAGAAAGAAUACCAGGUGAUUCCAAUGACUCAGAAUGAUCAAAAAUUGACAUAUUUCAAUGAGGAUAAGGAUAUUAUCGUUUUGGAGAACUCUAAUGUAUUGAUGAAUUGGAGAUAUAACCGCCAGACUGACGCCGAAUCCAGCCGCAGGAUAUUUAUAACCCCAAGCCCACCUGCAGCUGGAAUAAUUACAAGAAGAAUCAAUAUGAAACAUCUUGUUAUUGGUGGAACAGACCGAUCACUGCAAGAAUCGAGGCUGCUGGCAAGAUUUUAUGACUGCGAGUCCAUAAUGUUGGGAGUACCUUAUUUGAUUCGCGGCCGAUUCUUCUUUGGGGAGAAAAGAAACGAACCUGACCGUGUAGUUAUCUCAUAUCUUCGUCAUCUACUCUGUUUCUACUGGGAAGAGGAGAGACAAGGUCCUUUUGUUCGAGAAGACUAUCGCGGAAAGCCUAUACGACCUGCGGUAGUUGAGCCAAGUUGGGAUCCGACCAAUCGAACAAUAUCCAACCCAAUGUUCCUUAUCUGCAGCGAUGACGAGAUAAUGUCUCAAUUGCGCCGUUUACAUCCUGCAAUCACCAAUUUCUUAACGCCACUUCCAGAAGCUAAGAGUUCUAUCAAUUUUAUGAGCGAUCUGAAGUUCUCACACAAGCAUGCUAUGCUAUUCGAGCACCCAUGGGAGUUCGUUCCAAAACCGUAGCUAGGGAUUUAUUGAAGAUUCGUUAGCCGAGGGAAUGAUGUGGAAGAAUAAGUGUGUUUGCAGAUUUACCAUCAGUCUCUCCAUUUACUGCCAAUUUAUGUCAAGCAUUGGAACAAGCUUGAAUUCACCACAAGGGAAACAAGAUUCUUUGGAGUUCAAUAGAUGCGGUUCUGUUUCCAUGAGACGGAGAUCAAGUGGCUUUCAUUCAGUUUUAUUCAUUGAUGGGAAUGGUGGAGUUUUUUUUCUCUCGACUGAUUGAAAGACUACAAUAAACCCGAUUUCCAAUUAGAAAACCAGCA